GGGGCGGCAGCGGCGGCAGCAUGUCAGCGGCGGGCGGCAGCUCCUGCGGGCCGGGCGCCGCGGCUUGCGGCGGGGGUGCGGCUUCGGCGGCGGGCGGCGGGGUAUCCAUGUUCCGCUGGCUGGAGGUGCUGGAGAAGGAGUUCGACAAGGCCUUCGUGGACGUGGACCUGCUGCUGGGCGAGAUCGACCCGGACCAGGCCGACAUCACGUACGAGGGGAGGCAGAAGAUGACCAGCCUCAGCUCUUGCUUCGCCCAGCUCUGCCACAAGGCGCAGACCGUGUCCCAGAUCAACCACAAGCUGGAGGCACAAUUAGUUGAUUUGAAAUCUGAACUGACAGAAACACAGGCAGAGAAAGCAGUAUUGGAAAAGGAAGUGCAUGAUCAGCUUUUGCAACUUCAUGCUGUUCAACUUCAGCUACAUGCCAAAACUGGUCAGGGUGUUGAUUCUGGGACUAUUAAAGCAAAACUGUCUGUCGUUUCUGUGGAUGAAAUGGAGAGAGAACUUGAAGCUAACAAGAAAGAAAAAGUGAAAGAGGCUCAACUGGAAGCUGAGGUGAAGUUGCUGAGGAAAGAAAACGAAGCACUUCGUAGACAUAUAGCUGUGCUUCAGGCUGAGGUUUAUGGAGCAAGACUGGCAGCCAAGUAUUUAGAUAAGGAACUAGCUGGAAGGGUCCAACAGAUUCAGUUACUGGGCCGAGAUAUGAAAGGACCUGCUCAUGACAAGCUCUGGAAUCAGCUUGAAGCAGAGAUACACCUUCACCGUCACAAAACUGUUAUUAGGGCUUGUCGAGGGCGGAAUGAUCUAAAACGACCAAUGCAAGCACCACCAGGACAUGAUCCUGAUGCCUUAAAGAAGAGUCAAGGUGUUGGUCCAAUCAGAAAAGUUUUGCUAGUUAAAGAGGACCAUGAAGGACUGGGAAUUUCAAUCACAGGUGGAAAGGAGCAUGGUGUUCCAAUACUGAUCUCUGAAAUCCAUCCUGGACAACCUGCUGAUCGAUGUGGAGGACUGCAUGUUGGUGAUGCUAUUCUGGCAGUAAAUGGAGUUAAUCUAAGAGAUGCCAAACAUAAAGAAGCUGUAACUAUUCUUUCCCAACAGAGAGGUGAGAUUGAAUUUGAAGUAGUGUACGUUGCUCCAGAAGUUGAUUCGGAUGAUGAAAAUGUGGAAUAUGAGGAUGAGAGUGGACACCGUUAUCGUUUAUAUCUUGAUGAAUUGGAAGAAGGUGCAAAUUCAAGUUCUAACAGGAAAGAUGCAAAUGUGGAGGUCAAACCCUCACAAGUGUUUGACAAGAAGCCAACUAUUGAUGGACAUGAAAAUGGAGACCUUGGGAAUUCAGUUGAAGCUCCCUUAGAAGACACUGCUCCCAAAUUAGCUCGUUCUGCAGAGUCUUUAUCUUAAAACCAAACAAACAAAAAAAUCAUCUGGACAGAUCUCGUCCUUGGGAACAAUUGAUAAUCAAUAUUGACUGCUUCAAGUUGCAUAUACUAGUGUAGGUUUUAAAAGGAUGAUUCAAUGUCAAAGGGAACUGUAUUACCGUUGCCUGGAAAAAAGGCGGUUACCUCAGGGCUUCAUUGUGAGCAAUUCUAAAUGUGGAAAACUGUCUUUGUGUGACACACAGUAGUUACCUAACACAUGGCACGUGAAAUGAAUUCUCUUUUAAUAAUAAGCACCAAAGCAUGGGAUUUCUAAAAAGGAUAACCUCAAUAUAUCCAACUUUUAAAUCCCAUUGAUGUCACCAAGGAAGUAGAAUAAGAUGUAGCCACAACUUCAUUUUGACCCUGUGAUGUUUUUAAGGGACAACUGAUGUUUGGUUUGGUGUGAAAUGAGCCUUCACUGUAGGAGGAUGAUGGGGGGGAAUCAUACCAUUGUAUCUGUGCAUUUUGUACUUAGGUUUUUUGAACUGUAACUUUUAAAAGAAAGCUGUUGGUUUUUUUUUUUUUCCCCUUCUCCUCCGAAUAGCAAAAAAACAGAGCUUUUAUUUGAGCAAAGACCAUCAAAACCCAAAUGGGACAGUGGAGUACUUGCUAUUUGUGGUCCUUCACCCCAUGGUCGUUUUAUGAGUGAGAUUUUUGGCAUUGUUGAUUUAAGGAGUGCACUAUCAAUUGCUCAGUUUGGAAGUUGCUCUAAAAAUAUUUAAUCAGAGUAUUACCAGGUUUUAAAAGCAAAAUUAGGUUUUUUUAAAAAUUAAUUAAAAAAAAUACAAUUAUGUAGGCCCUUUGGUACUUUAUGAGCAUCAUCAGUUUAUCUUUUGUUCUUGAAUGGAUAUGGUUACUGCUAAUGCAGAGUGGUUCAAGUUGAUCAUCAUUAGCUUGACCUUGUGAAAAGCUGGGUGCUUUUGAUGGGUACUGAACAUACUCAUUUCAUAUUAAAAUAAUCUUCAAAGAAGUGAAAGUUGAGUGCACAGUACUUUACAGGAGGUACUCAGAAUCAUACGGUGUCUGGCCCUAUCUGUUAUGGCAGUUGUAUUAACCUAUAAUUGUCUUACUGUUGAAAGAAAAUGUUACUCCUUUUGUAAAGAGCGGUGUAUCUUAAAAUAGCUUUUAAUCGGUGUACAUCUAGAGGCCCGUGCUAUGGCUCCAAAUGGGAACGCUGAGGGAUGGGUUUUUGUCCAGUUUCUCAUAUCCCAUUUGUAUAUCUUUUGGGGAACUGCAGCACUCUCCCCGUGCAAGCUCUGCAUUGUAAUAGCAUUUAUUAUUUCAGCAUGUGGUGCUGGCUUUCCUGUUCACUGCUCCGCAGGCUGGAGAACUGUAAUGUGAAAAGAUAGGAUUUUGUACAUUGAGAGAGGAACCAAUGUGAAAAGACAACUUUGCAAGUGUUACUCUGUAGGAUGUUACAUAUGUAAGGAAAAAAACCCUCAAAGGCCUGUAGAGUAACACCAACUAAUCUUAUGUUCUAAAUUGUGAUGUAGAACACAGUUGCUUGUCUCUCCUAGGAGCACUAUAUAUAUAUACAUAUAUAUAUAUGUUUAUAGAAAAAGCCUGAAAAUGUAUAUACUUUAUUCAAAGAUUUUGCUAUUUAUAAAUCCCUUCACUUCGCUACUUAACUCACAGGAUUGUUUUGCGUGUGUAUGCGCAUGAGUUCCACUCGCUCAGUGGAAUAACAUUAUAUGGUUCAUUUUUUUUAUAGUAGUCUCUGUUAUACAGCAUCCUGUUGAAGGGUUUUUUUUUUUUUUAAAUAGUUAAAACUGUACAGUUUUCACCAAGCAGAAACUAGUAUUUAAAAAUAAAGCUGUGUGAAGAAGAAGAAACAGGUCCCCAGGCAUGUUUCUUUUUCUGGAGCUUCAGAAACUUGAGGACACAUUGACUGCGUGUUAGCAGAUGAAUCCACUGCCGUAGCUUUGCAUCCAGGCUUGUGUUUUUCCUGCAGUUACUCAAGCAGAAUGCACUCUGAAACUGUCUGUGGCUUAGAACACUCGGUGUCCUUUCUGUCAGAAGGGACAGUUCAAAGCCAAGUUGUGAUCUUGUCUUUCAAAAUGACCGCUGUAUGAAAUCUUGCUGCAGUUGUAAGAAAUGAGGCUGGUCCAACUAGUCUAGUAACUUUUAAAAGAAGGCAUUAAAUUUGCCAGUGCCGGUUCCCUUAUUUGAGGGAAAGGUGAAUUUUUUUAAUUUAUUCUUUCUUCUUUGCUUCUUGGCACACCUUAUUUUUGACUUAAUGCUUUUCAUCAAGUUUAGCCUGAAUUGGAAGAAUGUUUCUAGAGUUAUUUUCCUAAUGUUCCUUGUUCAUCAGUUUCUCAUGAUCCUGCACUCUUUUCAUCUUCUGGAAGUUGCUAGACCCCUUUCUCUCUCUAACCUUGUCUAUUUUUAACCUAUGUAUAUAUGACAUCAACAGAAGGAACAAUUGCAGAGGAGAAUUACUAGGAGCAGACAAGUCGGGUAGCAGUAAAUUAUCCCCAGGUUUCCUUCCCCACAGUUUCCAUAGUCUUUGUUUAGAAGGCCCUGAAUGGGAGGAUUUUACUUGGACACAACAGUCUGCCUCCAGGUAUGCUGUACUUCCUACCGGCUGACUUAACAUAGUAGCUUAUUAUAGUCAUGCUGAGAUGCUUAGAGAUUAAUAUUUAAACUGGCAAGAGUUUUGCAAGUUGAGAUUUCCAGAUUCAGUAGACAAACGUGUUUUCUCCCCUUUGUCGGUAACUGGAAGACUCAGUCCUGCUGAUUCCCAGAGGUUGAAUGAAUUAGACUUGGAAGAAUUUCCGAGGCAAGUCAGUAUUUGGACUUCAUUUUUAUUUUUUAAAAUGUAAAAUGGUUUACUUGUCUGUGUAUAUAUAUUUUUACUUAAAAAGAAUAAAAUAAUAUUCUAAAGAUAA